AUUUCAUAACGAACGAUAUCGAUAGCAGAGUGAUAAGUUUAUGCCACGUCUUUUACGUACACUUAAUUUGUAUUAAGAAAUAGUGAAAUAGUUCAAUUAAAAAUGGCACCACAACAGAAGGGUAAGCAGGGCACCAAGGGCGCAAAACAAAUCGUCGAGGAGAACAAAACAACAUUGGCUUUCUAUAGGAACAUGGCCAUUGGAUGCGCCGUACCCGCCGUGUUGCUCAGUUUUCUGGUCUUCGAAAUCACAAAGCUGACAGUGUUCAUGCUGGCCCUAUCGCUGCUUACCCUGGGAGCCGCGUACCAGUUCAUGGCAUUUAUGUCACGGGCAAAGUACUCGGAGACCGGUGCACUUUUGGACUCUGGCAAUGACUUGAAUAUGGAAGGUGGCAUUGCAGAAAAUGUCAAGGAUCUGAUCAUACUCACCUCUGGCACGCUUCUGUUGGCUUUGAUAUCCAACUAUUUCUGGUUGGUGCUGCUGUUGGCGCCCAUACGCGCCAUUUGGAUGCUCUGGGGCAGUGUUAUACAGCCCUGGCUAUCGCAGCGCAAUGCCGCCGAGGAACAGCCCGAGGUGGAUGAGAAAAAGCAGCGUAAAUUGGAUCGUAAAAUGCGUCGCAUGAGAUAAAAUCUGUUUGAGUUAUCUACUCUCUAGUGAGGCUGCUUAGCAAGUUACAUAUACUUUUUAAAUGAGAUUUUACGCUUAGUUAACUUGGUCAUUGAGUAGAGGCCAAGGGGAAAACAAAAUGUGUGCAGGUAUUCCAAAUUUGUUUGUUUUUUUUUUUUUUUCAUUUCAUAUUAAAUCGAGACUAAAUGUCUCUAGUCAAAAGAAAA